GGGUUCAUUCGCAGAAUGGUUGAUGUUUGAUUUGUUUCAGUGUCAGAUAUUGAAUAUUGAAUUGAAAGAGAAAAGCAGUUGUCCUCUUCCAACAAAUGUUCACCCUCGGUGCUGCAAACGACCUUGCUAUUUUGAUCCCUUUGCUUCUAAGGAAAGUUUUUCAUACUUAAAUGUUCUAUGUUAAGCCACUAGCUGUGUCAUGUAAUGCGCCCCCCCCCCCCCAAAAAAAAAAAAAAAAACCAAGGUUCAUAGUUAGAUUCGAGUGUUGGUCUAGUAUAUUACUUAGGCUUUUAUGAUACAGGUACUUCAUUUUUACUGACUACACUGUGUUUUGGUGAAGGAUCAGUUUCUCAUUUUGAUUCCUGGGAUUUAAAUUCGGUCCAAACAUUUCUGUUGUUGAGGAUUUUCGGUAUUCAAGGAUGCCAUAUCAUAGAAAACAUGACAUUCCAUUACUUGCACUGGCAAUGUCACAGUGUCAAUCACUGUUGGAGGAACUAGUUUUUUUUUUUUUUUUAAUAAAAGCUUUACACAACAAAAAAUAACUAAUCCUAAAAAAUUAGCCUACUGAAGUUAAAAAAUCUACUAGUAAUGGCCUGAAUGUCAUACACCGAUGGACAUAAAAGCCUGGGGGGAGAUAAAUAUUUGACAACAUUUUAACCAAACUCUUUCUUGGUAAAAUUAUUUGAAUAUCAAGAAGAUGUGGCGUGAGAAUUAUUCCUUCCUGAUGAACCCAGAAUAGUGUCGAUCUCAAUUCCGACAACAAUCUGUGGCAGCUCCCUCCUUGUAAAUCUAACAAACUGCAUUUAUCAAUCAGAUUUUCACCAAUAAAAUCAGCUCUGUCAUGAGAUGACAAUUUCCUGCGCCUCUUACAUUUUUGGAAAUCUAGAACCUCAAUAACCCAUCCUGUAUCAUUUCUCACAGAUUGAACAAACAUUUCCUGUUCCAUUUGUCUUUUUUUACAGUCAUGCCAAUGAACCAUUAUGUUCUAUUGCAUGUGAAUCCAAGAUAUAUAAUGUAAAAUGUGUUGUGGGCUAGAUAGUGGUAGACCAUACCAAAGAGCAUUAAUGAUUAAGACCACCUCCUGACUUGUUUCCAAUUGUUUUUGUCUUACAUUGAAAAUGAAUGAAAAUAAGUCUUUUAAUGACCAUCAUGAGAAUCGUUGGAAAACCAAAAUAGAGUAUCUUAUGCUUUUCAUUCUCACAUUGAAGAACUCAAAGUUGUAGUGUCUUGUAGGCAGAUCAGUUACAAAUAUUCUUGACACAGAACAGCGGAUGACUCCAGCCGAGGGAGGGUGCAAUGUAUUGAAAAUAGACAAGGCGAAUUCCACACUAACCAUUGUUGUUGUGGGGGCUACAGGAACCCUCGCAAAGGAGAAGAUCUUCCCUGCUCUGUUUGCACUCUUUUAUGAAGGCUGUUUGCCUCAGCAUUUCACGAUAUCAGGCUACGCACGUACUCCAAUGACUGACCAUGAACUAAGAAAUCUAAUUAGUAAAAAUCUUACCUGCAGAGUUGCUGAGAGGGACAACUGUGAUGGCAAGAUGGCUGAGUUCCUAAAAUGUUGUUUCUAUCAUUCAGGUCAGUAUAGUUCUGAGGAGCAUUUUAUGGAAUUGAACAAGAAGCUGGAAGAAAGAGAGGAUGGAAGAAUCUCCAAUAGGUUAUUCUACUUAGCAAUACCAUCAAACCUAUGCGUGGAUGUUGCAAGAUGCACCAAACAUUGUGCUUCUUCCAAAUAUGGGUGGACGAGGCUCAUAGUUGAGAAGCCAUUUGGUCAUGAUACAGACUCAUCGAAAAAUCAGACCAUAGCUUUGAAACAAUACCUAACAGAGGACCAAAUAUUCAGGAUUGACCACCACCUUGCUGAGGAGUUAGUGGAAAAUCUCUUGGUACUUCGCUUCUCAAAUCUGGUUUUUGAGCCUUUAUGGUCCAGGAACUACAUCCGCAAUAUUCAGGUAGUUUUUUGUGAAGAUUUCGGCAUGGAGGGACGAAGCAGAAGUAUUGACAACUACGGCAUCAUCCGUGACAUAAUGCAGAGUCAUCUCCUGCAAACCAUUGCACUAUUUGCCAUGGAGACACCCCUCACCUUAGGUUCUGAAGACAUUAGAAAUGAAAAGGUGAAGGCUUUGCGCUCCAUGAGACCCCUCAAGCUUGAAGAUGUGGUAGUUGGUCAAUAUAAGAUUAAUGGCAAUGGUGGUUCACGAUAUCCUGUUUAUAAUGAUGAGCUAACUGUCUUAAAUGACAAUCUCGCUCCCACCUUCGCAGCUGCAACACUAUUCAUCAACAAUGCACGAUGGGAAGGUGUUCCCAUUCUAUUGGUAGCUGGUAAAGGUCUUCAUUCAAAUCGAGCAGAAAUCCGAGUGCAAUUUAGACAUGUCCCAGGCAACCUAUACAAUCAAAGAUUUGGAGCUGACUUAAAUAAAACAACAAAUGAGCUUGUUCUUCGAGAUAAACCUGAUCAUUCUAUUUAUCUGAAGAUCAACAACAAGGUUCCUGGUCUUGGAAUGAGAUUUGAAUGCAGUGAUCUUCACUUGCUUUACAAUUCCAGGCACACAAAAGAGAUUCCAGAUGCAUAUGAGAGACUGCUUUUAGAUGCCAUAGAAGGAGAGCAGCGAUUGUUCAUUAGAAGUGAUGAGCUUGAUGCUGCUUGGGCAGUGAUCUCACCUUUAUUGACUGAACUGGAAAAGCAGAAAGUUGUGCCAGAGCUAUACACAUAUGGCGGUGAAGGGCCAGCCGGUGUCUACUAUCUUGCUGCAAAGCACAACAUCUGUUGGGGAGAUUUUGGUUAUGAAGGUUAAUCUGGUAGUUUGUAGACUUGUUCAUGAAUCCACAAGAAGUAAUUUCCUUUUCAUUCUGGUGUGAUUCCUAUUCUAGGCUUUCUCAUGAUGAAUCUCUAGUCUUUGAGCUUUGAUUGUGUGCAAGUGUUCAAUUAAGAUGUGAUAGUACAUGGCUCUGUCAAUGAAACUAGAGUUGGAAGAA